AUGUCCUACAAGCAGAACUUCCUCCAGGCAGCCUUGGACGCAGAGGCUCUCAAAUUCGGCACCUUCACUUUGAAGAGCGGCAGAAUCUCUCCAUACUUCUUCAACAUGGGUUUGUUCAGCACGGCCAAGACCUUAAACGUGUUGGCUGAGUCGUAUGCCCAUGCCAUCAUUGACUCCGGAAUAGAGUUUGACGUCUUGUUUGGUCCAGCCUACAAGGGAAUCCCCUUGGCAGCCAUCACCGUCACUAAGCUCUACGAGAUUGGCGGUGACAAGUACGCCAGCAUCGGCUACGCUUUUAACAGAAAGGAGAAGAAAGACCACGGUGAAGGUGGCUCCAUUGUCGGAUCAGUGUUGAAGGGGAAAAAAGUCCUCAUUAUCGACGACGUCAUGACGGCCGGUACAGCCAUCAACGAGGCUUUCGGCAUUAUCAAGGAGGAGCAAGGGAACACCGUCGCCUGCAUCAUCGCCGUCGACAGAAUGGAGACUACCAAGGACUCCAAUGAGUGUGCCACCAAGAUCGUGUCCAAGAGAUACGGCGUACCGGUCAUUUCAAUCGUCUCCUUCAACGAUAUCGUCAAAGUGUUGCAGUCCAAGUUUACCACCGAGCAGAUGGCCAGCAUCGACGAGUACAGAAAAAAGUACAUCCCAACCAUCUGA